CAGCUGACUGAGCAGCAGACAGACACGUGACCAGUAGAGAGUCAGAGGGUUUCAGUGAACUCUGGUUGAAACUUUGGUAAACUGAAUUAAAUCUAAUCAAAGUUAAUUAGAGUUAAUUCUAGAUAAAGUAGAUCGUGUUAAAAUGCGCGGAGUGAUCUGUGGACCGAAGCAGGCAGCCUGUGGGAUAGUGAUCAGUCUGUGGGGAGUCAUCAUGUUGUCCAUGUUGGGGAUUUUCUUCAUCACUCACUCAGCCGUUCUGAUUGAAGAUGUUCCGGUAACGGAGGAUGACCUGCACCAGGAUGGCAACCCUCCUCAGAGGGUAUACCAGCUCUACGACAAGGUCGGCUAUAACUGCAUCAUUGCCGCCGCCAUCUACGUCUUCAUCGGAGCGUUUUCCUGUUGUCAGAUGAGACUCAACAAACAGAAGGACUACAUGGUGCAUUAGCGCCCUCUGCUGGACGGGACAAGGAUCUGUGUGGCCUGAUCACAGGGAUUGAUGGCUGACUGAGUUUGAUCAGAUGUGAAGAAUGACUGAAUUAUGAUUCUGAUGUGAGUUAAUUUAAGAUAAAGUCAGAGUACUGUACCCACCAGUGUCUUUUUGAUCAUUAAUUUAUUGUGAAGUGCCUCAGAGUAGCUGGAUUGUCCUGCUCUCUCAGAUUAUCACUGUCUUCCUGCUGUAUGUGUCUGUGAUUUUUUUGUUUCAUGGUCAGAAUUUCAUGUGAUUAAAGUGAGUUAUUGAUCAGA